AUGAUAACAGAAGAUGCUUUCACUGUUAUUUUUCUCCUGCAAGCUUAUGUGGGGUUAACGAUAAUGUAUUUGAGGUUGCUUUUGUUUUUGUAUGAUCACCCUAAUGCACGUUCUUAUGCGAACACAUAUAUCGAGAAUUGGGAUUAUCUAGUAUUGUUGUGUGCAAAAGAUAGAGCUGUGGGAGAUGGGGCAGAGCAUUAUUCAGAGGCUAAUGCAUCCAUGGCUGAUGAAGAUGACAUGGAGGACGUCGGAUCAGCGUCUAAUUUUGGCAACUCAAGUGCACAUGGCUCAAAAUCUCAAGGGAAGAAGUCUAUUGGCGAAGUCAGUUCAGAAUCGCGAAAGAGAGCUAAGAAGGACAGUCAAGUUGGGGAUGCAUUGUAUAUGGUAGCUAACUCAUUAAGUAGCUACUUGCAAAGUAAGAAGAAGGAAGAAGAACCCAGAUAUACAGGGAAAGAGAUUAUAUGA